GUUUGAGGUGAUAUUGACUCGUAUCCUAUCCUCUCUGUUGGAAGAACUUAGCCUGGCCGCCACAUCCGUCCUCCCCAAUUUGGCUGAGCUCGUGAUGCAGAUGAGCGACAACGUCCCUUUCGACCCCCUCCAAGCAUUGAUGAACGCUCGGAGGAGGGUGUUGCCGACCCAUCCGUUGCCAAGCCUCAUUGUAAAGGUUGAGGAGCCAGGCUAUGUGGCGAGCGACCCAUUCCAUCGGCUGGUUCUCGAGGGUCUCGUGAAGGAUAUCGAGCUCAUUACGGAUGAAGCUGUCGAAUCCGCCCCCUGAAGACAAAUCCGAGCCAUCCUGUUGUUUC